AAUUAUUUUUUUAAAUUGUUAACUAUCAUCAUAUUGUCUUUAAUGGUAAAAUCAAUGUAAUUCUUAAUAAAUGAAAUGCGUUGCCAUUGUUGCCUUGUAUUUCAUUAGCAUUUCCAUACUUUCCACUGUUUUUUUAGAAAUCCUCAUGCACAGAGGCAGACCGCUCCUUCUCCAUUGGUACGAUUGGAGAAAUCAUUGUGGGUGUGGCUGGAGGCAAGCUGGUAGCUGGCCGGCUGUCCAAUCGGCUGCUGCCGGUGUUAGUGGCCGGAGUGAAGGAUAGUGAUGCAGAGGUGCCCAAUAACAGUGUGUUUGCACUGGGAGCUCUUGCACAGGCCACUGGACCCAUCAUUGCCUCUUAUCCUUCUUAGAUCCCUGUGUGCAUGUGAACCUGUUUUCUGAUCUCCUUGACUCUGUGAACCUUAACCCCUUUUGCUUCAGUGAUUACCCAAUGAUGCUUUCACUCUUCUCCAACCUGCUUUCUAAAGAAUCUGACCUAAGAGUGAUUGACAACCUCUGUGCUUCCCUGUGCAGGAUGAUCAUGAGCCAUGUCCAGGGGGUUCUACUCGAGCAGGUUUUUCCUGCUCUUGUGGCUCGUCUCCCUCUGAAGGAGGACAUGGAGGAGAACAAAACCAUCUACAGCUGCCUGACCUUUCUCUACUCACACAACCCUGUGCUGGUACAAGUUCAUUUUCACUCCCAGCAUGCUCAGCUCACAGCACCUAAUUGAAUUGUGUCCUGUCAAUGGACUGACUGUGUUGUAGUUCUCAUUCCUGGUUGUUAGUCAUCUCAGGACAAUAAUAUCUGUUGCUGCCCAUCUGUUAAAGGAUGAAGGAUGUUGAUAAUGAUGAAAAAGUGUUUAUUUGAUUGGAUUAUUUUUAUUGUAUAAUACAAAUGGCAUUCAUAAUUCUUAAUGUUUGUAUUUACUCCUAUUUAUUCUUUUUAGAAACACAAAACACCCUGCUCGUGCUGCUGAGAAGUCUAGCACAGCAUCACACCCAGGAAUUUGAGAGUGCAGUAAUCUCACUUCCUGAUGAACAGAGAAACAAAAUGACCAUGGCUGUCAAUCAAUCUUAGCACCCGCCCCUUAUCCUGAGUAUCACCUUUCACAAGGCCUUCCACUCUUGUGAAAA